CGCGGCUGGCGGCAGGCGGGCCAGGCCGAGGGCCGGCUUACAAGCGGCCGCCGCCUCUGCGUGCCCCGCGGCCGGGGCCAGGCCGUACGGCGGCAGCGCCGGGGGAUGCUCCUGCUGGGCCGGGCCUCUCCCUCAACUUAGGGCGGCGGCGGGCCCGCGGCCGGGGCUCCCAGGCCAUGGCUCUGAGGGAGCUCAAAGUGUGCCUGCUGGGGGAUACAGGUGUAGGCAAAUCCAGUAUCGUGUGGCGGUUUGUGGAAGACAGUUUUGAUCCGAACAUCAACCCAACAAUAGGGGCAUCUUUUAUGACCAAGACUGUCCAGUACCAAAAUGAGCUACAUAAAUUCCUAAUCUGGGAUACAGCUGGACAAGAACGAUUUCGUGCCUUAGCACCAAUGUACUAUCGAGGCUCAGCUGCAGCUAUAAUCGUUUACGAUAUCACAAAAGAAGAGACAUUUUCAACAUUGAAGAACUGGGUAAAAGAGCUUCGACAGCAUGGCCCACCUAAUAUUGUAGUUGCCAUUGCAGGAAAUAAGUGUGAUCUUAUCGAUGUCAGAGAAGUCAUGGAGAGAGAUGCUAAGGACUACGCUGACUCCAUUCAUGCGAUUUUUGUAGAGACCAGCGCAAAAAAUGCGAUAAACAUAAAUGAGCUCUUUAUAGAAAUUAGUCGAAGAAUUCCAUCCACGGACGCCAACCCGCCAUCUGGCGGUAAGGGCUUCAAACUCCGCAGACAGCCGUCAGAGCCAAAGCGAAGCUGCUGCUGAUGAGCCUCAGCCUCAGACUCGAUGGUGAAGCAGGUGGUCCUGACAGUUAGCAGGAGGGCCGGGGGCCUGCUACCAGUGUCCACCUAGCCGCUCGAGUCUUCUUCAUGCAAAAAGGACUCACAGAAAUUGGCCGGUUCUGUUCUCCCCUUGAAGACUGCAGCAAUGGUAUUUCAGUCUGUGGACGUCCAGUGUGUCCAGGAUCUGUGGUGUCCAAAGGGACCGCAUCAUUGACUUUGACCUUGCUGAAGGGAGCACGUCAUUGUAUGGAUGGUGGAAUUAAAUUGCUGAGUAGUUUUGUAAUCAGGAUUUUAUGUAACAUUUGUAAAAAGGGAAAAUUAGCACUUUCGUGGUUCUUGGCGGGGGAAGGCAAGAUUAUCAUUUCCUUGGUUUCCCGUUACCACGGUUGGAGGGAGUUGUAUCAUUUAAAUGUGGUAGGAUAUUGCAGGUAGAGGGACGGCAGUUACUGUUGGAAGCUGAAAUGGUUCUGUCUAGGACAGAUGGAGAUACUCCAUCUCUGCUGUCUCUGAAGCACUUUCUGUGAAGCAUGUUAGCCCCAGAUACAUACAGAAAGCCAACACCAUGGCAGUGGUUGCUGGCCCACCCUGGGUUUGCUUUUGACCCUGUCGCGCAUGUAUCACUAAACACAUCAGUGGCGCCACUGUGGUGGUGAUAGAGAAGCACCUGGAAUAAAUGAACUGCAUAUGUCCUAAAUAGGUUAGCAGCAGUUUAAAAAACAAGGAAGAGGAGAAAGUAAUGUAAAUGCUGUCAAUUUUUUUAUUUAAUCCAAGUAUUUUGGUGGGGAAAACAAGUAUCUGUUGCUUAGCAUAUGUAAAGUUGUAGUCUGUAUUUAUGAGACCAUUGCUUAAAGACUAUAAAUUAUGUAAAUACAUUAAUAAAUUCUAAGUUUCAUGCAGCACUCCAUUUAAUCUCGCACCCAGUCUUGUGAUGCCCCCCCCACUUUUCAGCCUGUCCACUGGAGACUGAGGCACAUUUAUGUUGUGCAGAGGCAUAGAUGUUUAGCUUACAGUCUUUCCAGGUUUCUGUGCUUUCCCUUCCGCCCACCCCUCUUCCCUCUACAUCCCAUCUGGAAAUGAUAAUAAAGACAUAUGCCACUUCGAUGAGCCUGACUAGUUCUUGCUGGCCUGUGGUAAAAGAGUGUGCUCUGAGCUCAAGUCAUUUACCUGGUCUUGGUAAUAAGUUUCUCUCGGCUUUCACAGUGACCCCAGACCAACUGGUUUAAGAGCACUUUUCUUGUUAACAAUCUAGCUUAUCUUUUCGUUUCCUUUAUUUUCCCCUGCCUCUGUUAGUGGUUAACACUCUUUUCCCUCAGGGAGCCUAAUGAGGUUUUUAAUAUGAUCUAAAAAUAAGCACUGAAGUGCAGUUGGUGGAAAUGUGCUCCUGGUCUAAUUGGGCACCCUCCAACCUGAGUAUUGUGCGAGAAGGAAAUUUACAGGAUUAAAUAGGAAAUGAAACAGCUUGAAUUUCAAACUAAAUUGUGUUUUCAGAGCUAGCCUUAAACUGAACAGUCAAAACUUUUGAAAAUAAUUGUUAUUUCUUUGUGCCCCCCACUUGAUAUGGAUAGAUUUUAAUGGGAAAAUUAUAACUCGGAUUAAGUAAAAAAUGACUCCCUUUUCCCUCUUGUAUGUCUUAAGCAUUUGAAAUUGCUUUAUUCUUCUUGAAAUCAUAUAGAAAGAAUGCAGUUGGUAAAAAUUCCAACGCUGUUUUGUGUGAAAUACACAUGGACUCUUACCUCUCUAGCAUUGCCUCCAACUCAGCACUAAAUUAGCAAACUUGAUACAAGAAGCCACAUGACUCCUAGGGCUGGGCCCUUGCGACUGAAGGUGGCUUGAUGUUACUUCAUAUAUAUCCAGGAUGUCCAGCCACUGCCCUGGCCUGUCCCCAGCCUUCCCACUACCGGGCCUCUAUCUCUACGACAACAAAUAAAAACAAAGGUUGGCUGGCUGAUUGCAGAAAAGGCAAUGCAUGUGAGGCCUUUUUUUGUCUUAUUUCACAGAAAGAUGAUGCAAAUCCACCACCUUCACAUUUUUUCCACCAAACCUGCCAAUAGAUGCUGGUGAGCACAUGGUGUCUUGGUGCGCGGGUGAGGUCCUUUGAACCUCUUCUGAGUGCCUCUGAUCUCACUGUGAUGUUCUCCAUCUAGCCCAACUCGAGGCCAUCUCUCCUGCCCUUUGCAGCUCUCUGCUUCUGUGAGUUUCUAGGGAAUGAUUCUGCCUGGUCACAGCCACAUCUCACUAACGGACAAGCAGUGUGGGGCGUACGCUCAGGCAUUUCUGGGGCCUCUUCUCCCUCAUUUUCAUCAGUCUCUCAAAAAAAUUGACAGGGUGCUCUUUCGCUUGUAGUACCUUUGUAAUGCCUAACAGCAACAACAGGUUUCUAUCACAGAUCCAUGACCCAUGCUCAGUGAAAAUGGGGAAAAGGUCUUCAUUUUAUAUUGUUUGCUUCUAAAAUGCAAAGGUAAAUAUUAGAGUCAGGAGCAGUGCUUUACUUUGAACACAUUUCAGAUUAACCAGACUAAGCAGUGAUCCACCACAUUCCAUAUUUCUUUAUUUCUUAUGAGAAAAAUCUCAUAAGAUUUCAAAGGAAUUGAGACAUAGCCCAUCUGUAAAAAACUAUUUGGUUCCCUUAUGACGCAGGGCCAUUUUUAAAAACUUUGGGACUGAAUAGAAGAGAGAAAUCAUUAAUUAGCUGCAAGUGUGUAUCGAUUCCUUUCAGAGAAGUUGAAAUAAGCUCUUUGCAGGUGUCCAAUCCUAGAAACCACUGGUCUCCAGAUCUCUCCUUUUACAUAAGUGUUUUUCUGAUUCUGUGAUAACUAAUUAACUAUCAUGUGGUGAUUAAAAGAACAUAAAGUAAGAGUAUGAUUAAGUAAGUGUCCUUCAUUUCCAACUCUCUAUAAGAAGUGAUUGGGGAGAAGUAUCUACUACAAGCCCUUCUGGUUCCAAAUGAAACCUCUAUCACCUGCUUGUCAGCCACAGUCAGGACAGGCCCUGCUCAGAGCAGCUGAGAGAUUUGUUUCUUUUAGAUUAACACAUGUCCUUGUUCCCUAUUUCUGAUGUUUGAAGUGCCUGCUCUCAUGUUCCUCUUUCCUGGGUGCCCACCCAUGUCUGAAAGGAUGAAGGCAUAUCAGAGGCUUGAUCUCCUGGGCCAGGAUCCUUCUUGGGGUUGUCAGUUCUCUUUACUUUUAAAUAUACAAAGAGAAAGAAAACUGCAUUUAAUUCGGAACUUCUCUUCAAGUAUUCUAUUUCUUGUCUCAAGAAGGAAAUAGGCUGAGGAGAAUUUCUAAAACCCUGGGAGAUAGAGCAAUGAAAAUGGCCUUUGGACAGUGAUCACAUGGCUUUCCUGGCAUUGUCAAACUGGAGUGUCUGUUUUCCAUGGCCUUGUGUUUCAGUAGGCAGGUUAGAUUCAGAUUAUGCCAUGCUCUUUGGUACGUGGGUCUCCAAAUUUGUACGUGUGUUCAAAUUUGUGCUAAGAGUGAAUUGCAAAAGAGGUCGUAUAAAUUCUAUUUGGCACUUUUUCAUUCAUUCUUUCAGAACACACUGAAAAUGUGAUGCAUGGGCUCUUAGAGUCUCAUGCACACAAUGUAUUGCAUCUAACAGAUGAGCCCACUAAACAUACAGAUGUCUUUGCAGGAGCCUGUGGAAGUGAUGAGAGAGUCCUUCCUUCCUUCCAGAAAAAAGUUGUUGGGAACCCAUUAGUGCUCAUCAUGCCAGGUGCCUGCUUUAGAAUGUUUGGAGGAGAGUGACAGACACAGCCCACUAACUCAGGCUGGCCCUCCUUGCUAAACCCAGAAAGUUGCAUGGCAGUGACAAGCUAGAUGGGAAAAUCUUCAGUAUUUAAAUUUGUUUUAAAGGAAUGAACAACACAAUUUUUGUUUAUUGUUUGAUUUCAAAGGAACUGCACCUCUUAAUAGUUUUUAAAGGAAGAAAUGGAAUGUACCUUUGGGGAUCACACUGUUAAAUAUAUUUGACGUUAGCUUGGUUCAUCAGAAAAUUUUAAAACAUUUUAAGUUUAUCUUUAGGAUAUCCUGUGGUACUGUGAUUUACAGAAAGAAAAAAAAAAAAAAAGUCCAAGCAACAAAUGAUCUAGGAGAUAAGCAGUAUACCCUGUAGUUUUAGAAAAGGGUGGUGGGGGUGAAAUUUAGCCUGGGGCUUUAAGAAAUGACCUCCGCAAAUUUCUUUUGACAGCAGAGUUGCUUGUCUUGACUUCCAGUAAUAGAAAACCAGGCAAUUUGAUUAUCUGAUUUGCAAGAAAUGUUAAUGGAAUUCUGGGGCAUUUGUCCUGUUUCAUGUGCAAAUGAAAGUCUAAAAAUGUAUUAGAAGAGUCCAUUUUUCAGGAGCCUCCAUUUCUUCCACCUAAGAGAAUAAGUGAUAGACCUGUUGUGAUGAAGUCUCCUUUGACAUCACCAGGAAGGUGAAUAAAUGGAACCAAGAAGCAGCACAUUUCUCAGCUCAUCCUUCAAGAUUCUCUUAGCUUAUAGGAAAAUGAUUUACUUUCCAAAUCUGGAAGGACUUUCAGUAGCAUAGAUCAAGUUUAAUUUGAUGGUCUGUACCAUCAGAAAUAACUAAUAUCUGUGUUCUUUCCUUUCAGAGCAUAAUCAAUUAUAGCUAUGCUAGAAUAUUUUUGGCUUCAAAACAAAAGGAUUCAGAAGUUUAAUUUCAAAAAGUCUCAUGCCUUCCAUCAAUUCCUUUUGUUAUGCUGAACAUUUGAGAUAGUAAGAUUAGGCUAUAUCUACAGUAGGUGGUGAAGCCAACCAUGAUGUCUAACGGAUUUUUUAAAAAUUGUUUAAUUCAUUUUUGCAAGUUCAUUUUUAUAUCUGUCUGGUGCCUCAUCAAAAUGCUUCAUUAUCCCAACAAACAAAAUUGUGGUAGCUUUCAGGUGUUCAAGUACCAAUUCUGACUGCCAAUUGUAAUGAUUUUUUGAAGGAGUCUGGUUUUUUUUUUUUGGGGGGGGGGGGGGGGUUUGUUUGUUUUUUCUUGAUGGGACUGGGGAUUGAACCCAGGAUGUUUUCCCACUGAGCUGCAUCCCCAGCCCUUUUUUUAUUUUGAGACAGAGUCUCACUAAGUUGCCUAGGCUGGUCUUGAACUUGGGGUUCUCCCUCCUUAGCCUUCUGAGUCACUGGAAUUUACAGGCAUGCACCACUGCACCUAGUAGCCCCUAAAAAUUUUUGAAGCAGCUUUUGAAUUUAUUUACUUCCUUUGUAUAUGAAGUUAUUAGGUAGUUCAUGAAGCUUAUUCUUAACAUGGACCAUGCAAGUGUCAGAGAGAUAAGUCAACUCAGUGAGGGAGAGUCUUGUGCAGCCGGCUAGUGUUGGUGGCUCCAUUUUUAAACCAUGUGUUGUUCUGUAUAGACAGAGCUUUAUUGCCCUGGGAAAGGAAAAAAAAAAAAUUUCCCUACUCUCAUCUGUCUCAUCCAUCGUUUUGCUUUAUUAGUCGCUCACAUAAUCACCAUUUGCCACUCUGACCUUAAGAGUUUGUCUUUCCUUCUCUGUGAUCAAAGCAGACUUCUUGCCUUAGUUCCCUUCUCACUUUUUGGUGACCUGUCCCUUGGAGACCCUGCAUUGCUCACCUCCCCAGCACAUGACGUGCCUUCUCCUGCAGCCGGUCACAGUUGCAGCACCAGGCUGCGCCCACUCCAUCCAGCUGGGCGAGUCAUGUCUAUGCAAUCAGAUGCCAGAGCUGACUUUAGGUAAGGACCUCCAGGAUUUCCAGAAGGGGAGUGGGCAGCCCUAGCUUACAGUGGGAACUCAGCUGAUUGGCAGAAUGGUUUUUUGUCACUGGUGAUCGCCUAAGUGUCAGAAUUUCACAAGAGUUUAUAAUAGAGCAUUUGUUAAAGUGUAUAAAAGUGCAAGUCAAAGGUCUAGAAGAGAAACAGCUAGAGAGAUGAGCCUAGACGUUAAAAAAAAAAAAAAAAAACUAAGCCAUUAUACCAGCAACUCAUUUCUCCUAAAAAUGUCAUACUUUCUUAAGACCUGAUGCAAGGAAUAAAAUAUUUGUGCCUUUUACAAUAGCAUCUGCUGUGGGGAAAAAAUCAAAUGCCUAUAGUCUGGGCCUUUUUGUAGCACUGUAGAAGCCAGGUUGGGAGCCGUGGCUUCACACUGCAUCUUGCACUGCCUGGGUACCUGUACUGGAAUGUAAGGAGGAUAAUUUGCCAAGCUCAUGCGGAUGUUUGAAGAUGUUAUUUUUACAAUCUUAACCUUGGGCUGGACCUGAGUCUCUGUGACCAUAUGAUGUCUGUACUGUUUGUAGAAGCUGAUGAAAGAAAACUAGAAUUUUUGCCUUUUGUUGUAAGGUCUUUCUUUUUAUACUUAUGCUGGUAGUGGACAGUUUGAAAAUGCAGGUCAAUUUGGCCUACUUUUAACUGUGCUGUUUUGGCCUGAGUACUCUAUAAUGCGCUUGUGUAGAGUAUGACAUGCUAAUCACUACAGAGUCUGUUGUAAGAAGGGUGUGUACAUUUUGUUAAUAAAAUGCUGUGUUUACAGAUGUA